UUUCUGUGUCUGUGGCAUGUUUAAGAGAUCAGAGUUAAUCAAUUUUCUUCUCUUUCAGGUUUGUAAAUUCCUCAAUAAACGGGGAGUUUGCGAUCAAGCGAUAAGUAAACUGCAUGAGGAAAAGGUGAUUGUAAUAGUUUUUUUACAAAUUGUUAUUUAUGCUUAUGUUGUGCAAGAGUUAAUACAGACAGGAUCCCAGCUCAUGCACCUGUCAAUAUCAACAGGAGUAGAAUGUACAAUUUAAUCUGUGUGGAAUAAGCAUGUGGCUUACCCUAAGUUUAUUUCCUUCACAAUGGAUGCACAUCGACAGAUCUUUUGCAUUUUGGCUUGUAAACUAUGGAAUGCUCUGCCUUUGAGUAUUUAAUAGAGAUUCACAGGACAUUAACUCAUUCAAAUGAUACACGGCCCAAAGUAAGCCCCUAAUGUUGCAAAAUUAUCUCUAAAUUUUAGAGUAUUUUUAUAAAAUAUAACUAUUUCUGGCAUUUCAGUCAUUACUUACUUUUCUUAGCUUUAAUAUUUCCUUUUGUUCAUUUAUUAUUUUAUGUUUUAGACACACAUACACAUAAUUUUCAAAUGAGCUCAUAGGAGCUCUUGAUCCAGCAAAACUCACAGUUCCCCUAAAAUCAUUCAAUUGCACUCAAUACUAGUUGUGUUAAUAAAUCAUAUCUAACUAAUAAUAUUGAAAAUGUCUAUGAUUAUCUUAUUUUUUAAAUUACAUUGACUAUUUCCAGAAAGGUGUUGUUUGAUACCGACUUCAGCCGGGCUAAAAUGGUUCUUGAAAAAUCAGUUUCUGUUAGUAGUUGUUGAAUAGUGUUUGUCAGUCGAUGAUGUUGUAAGUCUGGACUGUUGAACAUGAUUGGUCAGUAUAGCCAUGAUGUUAUUGGCUGAAAGACUCAUGCAAAGUUUGUCGGUAACAGUUGUUUAAGUUUGUCAAGUUGUUAUUGUAGUUUAUUGUUGCAGUAGUUGAGUCUUCUGUGACAGUUGUAACAAUGUAAAGGAUGUAAAGGAUGACCAGAACCUUUAUAAGUCAGCUUCCACUACAAAACAGAAUGAUCAGUCAGUAUAUUUAGGAGAUGUUAAUGGCAAAGAUGAAGAUGAAGUCAUGACUGAUCAGCAAGAGAGUAAUGGUCAGCAUCAUGUUCAUAUGCAAGAUUACCCAGAUGAAAGUGAUCUUGAAGUUGUACUGAGAGGCUUUGGCUUAGUGGAUAAUAAUGAUUAUUCCUUUCUGUUUGACGAGACUGUUGUGGAUCCAGUUGUAGAUUGUGAUGGCAAUCAAUACACAAGGUAUUAUAAAAUAUGUCACUUAUAGCCAAGAUUUCCCUUUUGAGUUAACUCAUUCAAAUGCUCUACAUUACUCUUCAACUGUUUUUCCUGUAUAUUUCAUAACUGUAAAAUACAUAGACUUUUUACCUUACGCUGCCAAUUUGCAGUUGCUCAUACAAGCAUAUAUUAGCUCUACAUUAGGAACAGUAAUUUUUGUGUUCUUUCCAUACCAGUACCAUCUAUGAGCCAGUGGAAGAGCCAGCCAUCAAGAAGGUGUGACCACACUAGUACAUGUAGAUAGAAACUACACUGAAACUUGCAAAGGAACAUGUCAUGUAAAUCCAUUAAUUAUCAAAGACUUGCUUGUAUAUUGUACAACCCAACAACACCACUACAUAUUUGGUAACCUUUAAGUGGAGGAAAGUGAAGCAAAUUCAUGCAUACCUUUCUUUUUCCAACAAUAAGUUGAUGAAAUUAAAGCAUUAUGAUGACCAUGAUCAUUAUGGCCAGACCUUUCACCAGCAAACUUCUACAAUGUAAUUCAAACUUUUAUAUGUAAAUAUUCAGCGUUCAAGUCUCUUCAUGCAUAUCUGUUGUUUUGAUCUCUUCUAAAACUCUACAUUUGCAUUUGAUAGGUGUGAAACUGUGAUACUAUUUCAGCUCAUUUCUUUGUUUGUUAACUUUCAGUUUGAAAUAUGCCUUGUCCAGAUAAAAGAGUUGUCAGGUGCACAUCCUGUGGGAAGUUUGGACAUUUUUCAUGAGGAUUGCCUGAGGGAAUGACAGAAGGUAAUUUGGCAGAUCACAUGAGUAAGAUCAUUCUACUAGGAUAAAAUAAGGUUAAAAGAAAGAAAUGAAUGAUGCAAUAUACUAGACAAGCAUUUGAAGCAUAAUUGACUGGUUUUUGAACUUGCAGGUAAAUGUUUCUAUGUUAUAGUGGACAUCACAAGAGUUAUGAAAGUUGUUUCCUAUUGACGUUCCUCUGUCAAAUGUGAAAAUUGUACUCUCCAUAAUUUGAAAGAGUGUUUUCUUUAAUUGAUGAUUAAAUAACCCAAUUUCAGAGGGGACAAACCUAAUGAAGAGUUGUCACAAGUUGGUGUGAUUGUCAAUGUGCCAUUUCUUAUUGUGGUUUUUGUUUAUCACCCUCAGACAGCAGAUCCUAAUGGUACAAUUAAAUGUCCUUUUUUUCAAAACGACUUAAAAGAUAUUGUAACAGUGCCUGUUUUGAGUGCACCACCUUUCAGUUCUACGCCAUCUCCAACAAAUCCCAGUGGGGUAAGUGUCAAAACAUCACUAUCAGCUGUCCACCAUGGAAGAUCAAGUGAAUCUAUUGAAAUUGAUGGAGAUCUGCAUGAAGAGGUCCAGGUUUGUCAAAAUAUUGUACAUUAAAAAUCAAAAUACAUGUAGUUUAUGAUGGUAAUAAACAUGUGUGUAAAUAAAUGCUUGUAUACUCUAAUCUGUCUUUAAGCUCUUGCUUCUCCAAUAAGGAGCAAAAAAUAUCUUUUUACAGCUGUAGAAUAAUGUGAUAAGAGUUGUCUAGCUUAUUGACUUCAUCCCUACAAGUGUAGCAGAAAGACAUCAUCCCCAGAAUUCUUCAGCAUGCUUUUGUAUUUGGCUGAGUAUCUCAUGGAAAACUGUAGUGUGUUCUACUGCGAUUUAAUAGCUAACAUAUUGGACUCUAGAACAAAAGAGAUAGGAUGAAGAGUGGCCCAGCUCCUGUGUUACAUGGUAUAUUUAACCAAAGCAGUUAACAUAAUCACAGAGCCUUUUCCUGCACACUUGUAACUUGUCAUUUCAAGGUAAUGACAUUUUUUCAACAAAAGUUGACAACAGCUUAUAACCAUGAAUUGAAAUAAUUAUAAACUUUGAAUCUUUUAGACAACACCACCAGAUGCUCCACGUGUAAGUAGAGAUCAACUGGGCUACAGGUUUAGGCAAAACAGCUUACCACAGCUGUUGAAGACUCAUCAUCAGAAAAGGGACAAGACCAGUGAGGAAACAAAGAAAGUAUGUUCUCAUUGCUGUAAUUCUGCUUUUUCAAUGCAGAAACAUUUCUAUACUACAUUUUAAGUUUACUCAAAGUUAUUUGAGUAAACACUCAAAACCCUCUUUUUACUAUACAUGUACUCAACCUACUUGUUUUCUCAUGAUAUUUUAAGUACUUAAAAUUUGUUUGUUUCCUUAGACCAUUCAGAAAAAGAGAAUUGAAGCCUUCUCUUCAUUAUGUGAUCAGGGGAACUCCAGGAGUGUCACAAUAAACCAUGAAAACAUUGUACAGGAUAUGUUAAACUUUAUAACGACAAAUCCAUAGUUCAAUCACUUUUAAAUGUUACUUUUAUUAACAAACCUGCAAUGGAUCUUAUCGGAGUAAAGCAAGAAGCAUUCACUCUUUUUUGGGAGAAAGUAAUGCCAGUUUAUUUUGAAGGUACAAAAACCUAUGUACCACAUAUUUCUCUGGCUGUUGAUGAGAGCAUUUAUAAUGUGUUAGGUAGGAUUAUCUCUCAUGGAUAUGUAAUGGUCAGGGUUUUCCCAACGUUAAUAGGUAAAACUUUCUUUACUGCACUCAUUGCUGGGACGGAAAAUGUAACUGGCAACGACUUCCUCAAAGGAUUUUUGGAUUACGUCAGUUCUUAUGAUAAUGUAAGGCUACAGAAUAUUCUAGGGGAGUGUAGUACACAAGAGAGUAUUUCUGCAAGUAGCAAUGAUUACCUUGUUGACUUUUUGUCAGAGUUCAGUGUGUCAAAAAUGCCAAACACAAAUAACCUGCAAUCAAUACUUAUUAGUGUUGCAAGAACUGAACUCUGGAACAAGACUGUAAUGGCAGCGAAUUCUUUGAAGGAGGGUCUCUUUGAAGGUUUAUUAGAAAAUGUAUGGCAUUCAGCCACCAAAGACCAAGUCGAUGAUCUUUACAAAUCUUUGCAGGUUACGACUGACAAAGUUCUCUCCCUUAUUGCUAUAGAUGACCCUUCUGCAAUGACAAAACAGCAAGAUAUUGUUUUUACUUAUUUUAAGAAGUAUGUAAGAACACUCAAUGGAAGAGAAUUGUCGUGCUUUCUUCGCUAUGUGACUGGCAGUUCUGCUAUUGUAGUUCCAUCGAUUAAAGUAAUUUUCCAUUCUUACAUUGGAAAUUUGCCACAUGUUACAGUACAAGUUUGCUCGGCAGUUGUGGACUUGCCCUCUGGGGGCUAUGAUAGUUUUGCAGAUUUCAAUACUCAAAUGGAUGAAGUUUUGAAAAAUGCAGAGUCUUGGAAAUUCUCUCCAGUUUAAAGAGCUGACUGGUGCACAUGUGUUUUGUAAGGCUUUGUUCUACAUAUCUAAGUUAGUGCUUUUCCCUCUUAAAGCAUGCUUGAAUGAAGGUACUUUUAGCCAGGAGUGUGCACAUAUUGCUGUUAUUACUGUGUUUUUAAGUUAAAUUUAAACGAUCUCUAUUGGGGUAUCAGUGAUGAAAGGAUUCUUGCAAAGCUGUUGUGUUCAGUUCAGCUGUUCUGUUAUUUAUAACCAUACAACAUGAAUUGCGAUUAGAAUUGCGGAAAUGGUACUGUUGGGUGCUUAUUAUGUAAUACCUUGUUCUUGCUGGCAGAUAUCUGUUACGACAUUUCAACCUCACUGAUAAUCCAAGAUGGCGCCUCCCGUAGAACUGACAACAAACCAGGUCGAUCUUGUUUUCUUUAACGAGAUCUCUUCCUUUUAUGUGAAACUUUCAGAUAAGUCUGCCUGUCUCUUGUCGUCUGUUCAAGACUGAUUUGAGUGAAAAGUAGAAUCGAUACCACCACUAAUAAGCAAAAAACCCACGAGCUUAACGAGAGACGUCUUUCCUCCAUUACGACCGCACAAAGCGACAGGUAGCCCAAGCUGUGUACGUGAGCUUCAUUAUCACAUUACAAAAUAGCGUUUAACACUAAUCAAUUAUAUGGAAUGUAGUAAAAUUCGCUGUUUGCUAAGAUGACUUCCAGAGGCUUGAAACCGUCUCCUUGCAUGAAUUUUAAUUCCGCAGAAUGUAAACAGAUGUAUGCUUAAUUAGAGAAACAAAAGCAGUAAAAGAGGUAUGGUGCUGUAAAUCACAAUACAUCUACAGAGACAGUAAAGAGGGGCAAAUGCAAAAGAGGAACGGAAAAAGGAAGACUUGCAUUAAUUCAAUUGCGCAAGUUCAUUCAUAGCUAGUGUGCAAACGUAGUCAUUUAAAAGUACAUCGAGUUGUAAAGGAAUCAAAGGAAGGAAGGAGUGCCGUGUUCCAUCCAUACCUACAUCAAAGGAGUUGGAGGUAGCUUUGUCGUUUCAGUUCUUGAAUGUCAGAUGACUUACAUCAGUAAGAAUUGAAUCAGGCAAAGGCCUUUGCAUUCAGAAGAAGGUUCUAAAAGCUCUCUGAUAACUUUUCUUAUCUUUCUGUUGCUGUUGUUGGACUGAUUAAGACAAACAAGGAUAUAUAACCCAGG